AUGGAUCAAGUACAAGAUUCUGUGGAUUGUUCUCAACAAGCUGAUGGAGUCUAUGGAGCAAGUUGUUUGCCUUCAUUCACACUGUGUUCAAAUGGUCGAGCGCACAAGACACAGUGUCCGGCGGAUCUACUGUUUGAUAGUGUGAAAAAACGUUGUGUGUAUCCAAAUGAAAUGAACUGUGCAUCCAAGGGAGUGCAACAAGAUCAAUCUAAUGCACCUGCUGAAAAGAGUCAGCAACAUGCAGCAGUGCCUUCAACUGACUGCUCAAAAAUGAGCGAUGGUGACUAUUCGUUGGGAUGUACACCGGAGUACUGGUCUUGCGUUGAUGGUUUCCAAGUGAAACGUAGAUGUGAGGAUGGAUUAGUUUAUGACUCAACACAAAGACGUUGUGUACCAUCUGAAGAUUGUUUGAUGCAACAGCAUUCCGAUGGAUCGUUCGGCAUGCUUAUGGAUGAUGAGACU